AUGUUUGCAGAUUUGGCCAUUUGGUCCGAGCUUGCAAUGCGGGUAGACGUACAAGAUGUGGAGAGUGAGCACGAAAAAGCAAUUUUUCUUUGUGAGUGCAAGUAUUGGGACAAGAACGUGGAUAUAUCUGCAAUGAGAGCGAUCAUUGAUGGACUGAACCAGAAAUGGCAAUUGGAGGUCGUGCUGCUUUUUUGUAUGAAGCUGGCAAGUUACUGUAAGGAAUGGGAAAAUCCAGACAUUGGAUGUGUCAAAGUUGAUUUUUCAACCCAACCGAAACAAUCGAAGACGUCUGCUCGUCGAAACAUGCAAUAA